CCUUUGUGCUUUACAGAAAUUAGAUCAGUCACAAGUGGUGGCACAUGUCCUUAAUUCCAGCACUCAAGAGGCAGAGACAGGGACAGGCCAUCUCUGGUAAAUCAGAGAUCGGCCUGGUCUAUAUUGUGAGUUCUAGGAUAGCCAGGGCUUCAUAGAGACACACUGUCUCAAAGCAAACAGUUAAUUAAUUAAAUAACAAAAACCCAGAACCCGGGUCUGUUCCUGAAGUAAAUGUGUCAUAACCAUCACAUGAUGACACCGAUUCGUGAUCGAACAUCUCAUCAUGGUCCAGAGACGAGCAAAUGUCAUAAUUACAAACUCAAGCCCAAAAAGAGGGAUGCUUCUCAAGUGUGGCAGAAACAAAGAUCUGCACCGUGUCCUAGCCAGCCCAGAGAAAAUGUAUCUCCAUCCUCCGUUAGCCGAGUCAUUGCUGCAGCCAUGGCAACACGCUUCGUCAUUAUCACGUUGAUAUGGUUUGCCAUUUUCAUAGCUUUGUUAUGCAACAAUGAGGUUCCAAUGUCUUCAAGAGAAGGUUACUGUGGUCAAUGCCCUAAUGACUGGAUAAGUUAUAGAAACAACUGCUACCAUUUUUUUAAUGAGAGCAAAAACUGGAACCAGAGCCAAGCUUCGUGUUUGUCUCAGAAUUCCACCCUUCUGAAGAUAUACAACAAAGAGGACCAGGAUUUCUUUAAGUUGGUGAAGUCGUAUCACUGGAUGGGACUAUUCCAGACUCGGGCAAAAGGCUCCUGGCAGUGGGAAGAUGGCUCUACUCUCUCGCCCAAUCAGUUAACACUGGUGGAAAUGCAGAGCGGAUCCUGUGCUGUCUAUGGCUCGAGCUUUAAGGCCUACACGGAGAACUGUUCGACUCCGCACACAUACAUCUGCAUGAUGAAGGCAGUAUCGGGGCUUCAUUAACCAUCUCCGCAACACCCAGGGUGAGAGAAAGGGUUGUCCCGGGAGAAACUGGGUCUAAAAAUAAAAGAACAUUUGUCCAACACAAAACAGAAGGCCUACACCUUCUAGAAACAAGCCACAGAACAAUUCGCCGAACAUUCUAUGUCCCAUAAAAACAAUUGCUAACUUGAAGAUCAUCAAGGCUGCCUGCCAUUCACGUUAUUUUCCCGUCUGCCGAAGAUGUGGGGAAAGAGGCAAGGAGGAGCCUCAAUUUCAAACUGGGACCAACACGUAAAGGAGCAAAGAGAUUGGGAGGAGGCAUUCCGGUACACCCUGGCACUUCAAGCUCCAGCACCAUAGAAAAACGCAGGGUGAUUGGUGAUGCAGUAGAGAGCUACAGGGCAGUCCACACUGUGCCCCAGUGGUGUUGCAAUCACCGAGGUGCAAGAAAGCCGGCUUCUGUGAGAGACAGCAGGGUUUGCUUAAGGGCAAGCAGGACUGCUUUUGGAACUUGAAGAUAUCCCGGAACUCGCUUUGUUUUUCCACUUUCUUUGGACUCACCCGCUCCCUUUUCCUCGUGUUUUCCUGUUGAGAUGGCAAUGUCUGUUGAAGGCCAGAUACACCAUUGCACUUUGGAAAUGCAUUACUUGGUUCAUUUUACAAGUCACAACUAGAAAAAGAGUUUUGACUGUCUGCUUCACAUCUGAUUUGGGUCAAAUUUAGAUGAAGUCUUGACCUUGAGGUUUGAACGGUGAUGCUGGAGGGAGCUGAAAGCCCCGAGGCUGUUAAGGUUAAAUGAAUGAAGAAAUGAAUUCCUGGGGCCAUGGGUAUAACGUUAUAUGCUGAAUGUGCAUGUCAAAUGUCAUAUUUGACAUCCCAGCUCCUGGUAUUUUUAAUACUAGGAGACAAGCAUUGGAACAUCGUGUUUUAAGUCACAAGCUUGAAGCCUUAGUGAGUGGGAUUGCCUCUUAAGAAAAUACCUGCAGAGACUACUCCCUCGUCUUUUGGCCACAAGAGAAUACAGAAAAGUUCUGAUGUACAACUUACAAGAUUCCCUCACCAAACCCAACAGAUGCUACUACCCUGGCCUUAGAUUCCCAGGUUUCAUAAUUCUGGGAAAUGGAUUUCUGUUACUUACAAUUUGUCUGAGUGUUUUAUAAUAGCACCACAAAUAAGCUGAGACCAGAGGGGAAGGCAGUCAGGUAGUAGG